ACCUAAUGCACGACAACGUAUUUAACGUCGGGAACAGUACCAUCAUACGUUUUCUCUAAAACUAAUCAUGUGAGAGAUGCGAUGAAGACGCAGGACGUUAAAUAUUUAUAUAUUUCACUUUUUAUCAAGAAAUCAUUGCUUUUAAUGAAAAUGAUCAUGAAAUUGUUAAUGAAACAUGGGUUUAUCCAUUUUAUAUUAACUUAUAUUUAUUUGGCCUGGAGUACACUGUGCUUCUUCUAUUUAGAGAAAAGGUAUCCGACGUUAUUUAUUGGUGGGAACCCAUUUGUACUGAUCCGUCAAGCGCUGUGUAUUAUUGCAGAGCGUAAUAUUGUUACAUGGCCGCAAACUUAUGUUAAUAAAUGUACACCGAAAACUGAAGAAUUUUUUCUUUAUAUCAUCCUUCAUCAAAUGCCUGAACAUUUGGUAGGAAUCGAGAAAAUCGAUGAUCCCAAUUUUUUCGAAAUGGUCGAGUAUCAUUAUCAUCGUGCAGUUAUGAUAAUGGAAAAAUCUUUUUUGAAAGAUUUACAAAAGUAUCAUGACUUGUCUGAAGAAGGUCGAACACGUCGAGUCAAGGGGAUUAUUAAGGUCAUGUCCGUUUGUCAGAACACGAUUGAGGUUACGUUUCCUAUCAGGAGGGACAAUGGAGAAUAUGAAAUAAUUACAGGAUACAGAGCGCAUCACAAUACGCACAGGUUACCUUGCAAAGGUGGCAUGAGAUUCGGGCCCGACGUGACUAGAGACGAAGUUCGUGCACUGGCAUCACUGAUGACAUUUAAAUGUGCUUGCUGUAACGUUCCGUUUGGUGGAGCCAAAGCUGGUGUCGUCAUAGACCCUAAGAAAUAUUCUGCUCAAGAAUUACAAAAGAUCACUAGACGAUUUACACUGGAACUUGUUAAAAAGAAUAUGAUCGGUCCAGCGAUUGACGUUCCAGCUCCUGAUGUCAAUACUGGUCCUAGAGAAAUGUCCUGGAUGGCUGACACUUACUCAAAGACUCUAGGAUUGAACGAUAUAAAUUCCCAUGCUGUGGUCACUGGUAAACCUAUAAAUCAGGGUGGAGUUCAAGGCAGAAGCGAAGCGACGGGUCGCGGAAUUUAUCAUGCUGUGGAUAAUUUUCUUUCUGAAGAAAAAUGGAUGUCGCAUGUUGGCCUUAGUACGGGAUUUCCAAAUAAGACUUUUAUUGUUCAGGGAUUUGGCAACGUUGGUCGUUUUGCCGCGGUAUAUUUCACCAAAGCCGGAGCCAAAUGUAUAGGAGUGAUAGAACGUGAGGUCUCUUUGUACAAUGAGAAUGGCAUAAAUCCCGAGGCGCUGAUAAAGUAUUUCAACAAUAAGAAAACUGUGAAAGGGUUCGAUGGUGCUGAUGAAUACAAUGGCGAGAAUUUGAUGUACGAAAAAUGUGACAUUUUUGUGCCAGCCGCAGCGGAGAAGUUGGUCAAAGGAAAAGAUGCUAAGAAAAUUCAAGCUAAAAUCAUAGCCGAAGGUGCAAACGGGCCCUGUACACCGGAAGCUGAUAAAAUUUUUCUCGAAAAAAACGUAUUGGUCAUUCCCGAUUUAUACAUGAGUGGUGGCGGUGUAACAGUAUCAUAUUUUGAAUGGAUCAAAAAUAUUAGUCAUGUCUCCUUCGGCAGACUUCAUUUCAAAUACGAAAGAGAAUCUAACUAUCAUCUACUGGAUUCCGUUGAACAGUCGCUAAAGGACAAAAUCGAUGGAGUUAAAAUAAAACCUACUGACGCCUUUGAGAGAAGAAUAUCAGCAGCGACGGAAAGAGACAUAGUUAAUAGUAGUUUGGACAGUUCCAUGGAAACCGCAGCUUACCGGAUUAUGGAAACAGCUAAUAAAUAUGAUCUCUGCCUGGACAUAAGACUAGCAGCAUAUUGCUAUGCCGUGGAAAAGAUUUUUCGAACGUACGAGGAAGCAGGACUAGCAUUUUGAAUUGCAAAUAAUAUUGAGAUCUAGAAC